CCGCACACAGACACCCAGCCGAGCCGCCACUGCCCUGCCAGCCGCCCAGCCGCACGCCGGCCCCGUCGCCCACUCGCCCCGAGCCGGCGACGGCGAGCCCCCGACGGCCGACGCAGCGACCCCGGCCCGGCCCCCGCAAUCCGCCGCCGCCGCACGCAGGCGCUCGAGAUGGGGAAGGCGAAGAGCAAGGGCCCCAAGUUCGCGGUGAUGAAAAAGAUGAUCACCAAGAAGACCGUCAGCAAGUACAAGAAGGAUGUGCUGAACCCCAACAAGAAGGACGCCGAGAAGGAGAAGCUCGGCCGCAAUGUGCCGCAGGUCUCGUCGGCUCUGUUCUUCAGCUACAACACGGCGCUCGGGCCGCCUUAUCGGGUGAUUGUGGACACCAACUUCAUCAACUUCUCCAUCCAGAACAAGCUGGAUUUGGAGAAAGGAAUGAUGGACUGUCUUUAUGCAAAAUGCACCCCAUGUAUCACUGACUGUGUUAUGGCUGAGCUUGAAAAACUGGGACAGAAGUAUCGUGUGGCCUUGAGAAUUGCCAAGGAUCCUAGGUUCCAAAGGUUAGCCUGCACACACAAGGGAACUUAUGCAGAUGACUGCAUUGUGGAGAGGGUUACUCAGCACAAAUGCUACAUUGUUGCCACAUGUGAUAGAGAUUUGAAAAGGAGGAUAAGGAAGGUUCCUGGUGUUCCAAUCAUGUAUAUUACUCGACACCGGUACUCGAUAGAACGACUCCCUGAAGCCACAGUUGGUGGAGCACCAAGAAUCUGAUGAGCACAAACAUGAGAAGAUUGUGAAUUUCACUGAUGAACUAGUGCUUGUUCAUGUUGUCAUAGUUUUUGCCUGAAGCUGCUGCUUGAACCAAUGACAGAAUCAUGGACAAGAAAGCCACUGUGCUUGUUGAGCUAGCUGUAACAACUUAUAAAUUUUGUCCCAGUACAUGAUGUUUCUACUAUUAUCGAAAUGUAAUAGUUUCUGUUCACAGUCUUGCCUGAGCUUUAGAGUAAUUUAUUACUACUGGUUGAGUUUCCGCUGA